AUGAUUUCUAAUUCAUUCCUCAAAAAACCUCUUCUGCGGGCAUUAUCGAUAAUAAAGAAAAAUUCAAGAGAAUUUGGUUCAGUUCAGUCAGAUAUUUGGUUUCCAAAAGUUGAAGACGAGCUUGAUCUUGUGGAUAAAACUUGCAUCGAUUUUGUAGGAAAACUUGGAAAUUCGUAUCCAGGAUAUGACGACGAAAAAUACAUGUCUUGGUGCCGAGAAGUAAGAAGUUAUCCUGGAUCAGUAAAAAUUGAUCCUCCAGAUGUCGAUUAUCCAGCUGAUGCUACAGAAACUUGAAAUAUGCUUUAUACCAGAUUACGAGAUCUGCACCAUAAGCACGCUUGCAAAGAACACAGAGAAAUCCUUAAAGAGUUAGAAGACUUAAACAUCUAUUCUCCUCUAAAAAUUCCUCAAUUUUCUCAGGUAAACAAAUUUAUUUCUGGAAAGUCCAAAUUCAAAUUAGUUCCUGUCGGGGGAAUGAUAAAUCCAAGGUCAUUUUUAUAUGGGCUUGCUUAUAGAGUAUUUUUUUGUACACGAUACAUAAGGCAUAAAUCAGUCCCUUUUUAUACACCCGAGCCUGACGUCGUACACGAAUUCAUGGGCCAUGUGCCAAUGUUUGCUAAUGAAGAUUUCGCACAAUUAAAUGAAACUAUCGGAAAAAAAUCCCUUGGAGCAAGUGAUGAGGUGAUUGAAAAAUUAUCAAAAAUUUACUUUUAUGCUGUAGAAUUCGGGGUUCUAGGAGACAGCUUUCUAGGAUCUGGCUAUUUAGGCUCAUCCUCUGAAUUCCAAUAUGUAGUGGACAAUAAAAAUUUGAUUAGAGAUUGAAAUUUAAAUGAAAUUUUGGAAAGCGAACUUGUGUUGUCGGAUUAUCAGCCGAUUUAUUAUAAAGCAAGAGAUUUGCUUGAUUUGAAAAGAUUGAUUAUAGAAGGAACCGAGCAAAUUUCAGGAAAUUUGUAA